UCCGGAUCACUUCAAGAUGGCGGCGCUAAGCGGGGGAUCGGCCGAGGGGCCCUCACUGCUCAACGGGGACCUGGAGUCCGAGGCCGGGAGCCUGAGCGGAGCCGGGGAGAUGUCAGCGGCUGGGGGCUAUCCGGAGGAGAUCUGGAAUAUCAAGCAGAUGAUUAAGUUAACGCAAGAGCACAUUGAAGCCCUCCUCGACAAAUUUGGAGGCGAGCACAACCCCCCCUCAAUAUAUGUUGAAGCUUAUGAAGAGUACACAAGCAAACUUGAUGCCCUCCAGCAGAGGGAGCAACAGUUACUGGAGUCAAUGGGGAAUGGAACGGACUCUUCUUCCUUAUCUUCAGAAAUGACUCUUUCAUCAGUCCCCUCCAGCCUAUCUCUAGCACCUUCGUCCUUAUCCGUCUUACAGAACCCCUCCGAUCUUUCCCGAAUGAACCCUAAAUCUCCUCAGAAACCUAUCGUUAGAGUCUUCCUACCUAACAAGCAGCGCACAGUGGUACCAGCUAGAUGUGGCGUGACCGUACGGGACAGUCUAAAGAAAGCACUAAUGAUGCGAGGUCUUAUCCCAGAAUGCUGUGCGGUGUACAGGAUCCAAGAUGGGGAAAAGAAGCCUAUCGGCUGGGACACGGACAUCAGCUGGCUGACCGGGGAGGAGCUGCACGUAGAAGUUCUUGAGAACGUACCCCUCACUACCCAUAACUUUGUACGGAAAACCUUCUUCACUCUAGCAUUCUGUGACUUUUGCCGGAAGCUGCUAUUCCAGGGUUUCCGCUGCCAGACAUGCGGGUACAAGUUCCACCAGCGAUGCAGCACAGAGGUGCCACUCAUGUGUGUCAACUACGACCGACUAGAUUUGCUAUUUGUCUCAAAGUUCUUUGAACAUCACCCAAUAUCUCAGGAUGAAGGUCCUUUUGAGGAGGUCACCCCUGCUGUUGAAUGCUACUCAGCCUCACCCCCUCCAGAUUUCAGCGGGGCUCCCAGCCUCCCAAGUAGUUCUCCGUCCAAGUCCAUUCCCAUUCCCCAGCCAUUCCGACCUGCCGAUGAAGACCACAGAAACCAAUUUGGCCAGCGAGACCGGUCAUCAUCUGCUCCCAAUGUUCACAUCAACACCAUUGAGCCUGUUAACAUUGAUGAUUUAAUCCGCGACCAGGGCCUUCAGCGCAGUGAGGGAGCCCCCCAGGUCCAGCCGGCCCGCUGCCUUCGGAAAUACCACUCUCGGAACCCCAGCCCACUCCUCCAUUCUCUCCCCAGUGAAAUAGUCUUUGAUUUUGAGUCUGACCCGGUUUGCAGAGGCACAACCCCAGGCUUAUCUGCUACCCCUCCAGCUUCCUUGCCCGGAUCCCUCACAAAUGUUAAGGCUCUCCAAAAAUCCCCCGGUCAACAGAGAGAGCGCAAGUCAUCUUCUUCCUCCACAGAAGACAGGAGUCGGAUGAAAACACUUGGACGCAGAGACUCCAGUGACGACUGGGAAAUCCCAGAUGGGCAGAUCACAGUCGGACAACGGAUAGGAUCUGGUUCCUUUGGGACUGUGUAUAAGGGAAAGUGGCAUGGUGAUGUAGCUGUAAAAAUGUUGAAUGUAACUGCACCGACACCUCAGCAACUACAGGCCUUUAAAAAUGAAGUCGGAGUGCUCAGGAAAACUCGGCAUGUAAACAUCCUGCUUUUCAUGGGAUAUUCUACCAAACCCCAGUUGGCAAUAGUUACCCAGUGGUGCGAGGGCUCCAGCCUCUAUCACCACCUUCACAUCAUCGAGACCAAAUUUGAGAUGAUUAAACUGAUUGAUAUUGCACGGCAGACAGCACAAGGCAUGGACUACUUGCACGCCAAGUCGAUCAUCCACCGAGAUCUGAAAAGCAAUAAUAUUUUUCUUCAUGAAGACCUCACAGUAAAGAUCGGUGACUUUGGCCUAGCCACAGUGAAGUCUCGGUGGAGCGGCUCUCACCAGUUUGAGCAGUUAUCAGGCUCCAUUCUGUGGAUGGCCCCUGAGGUGAUCAGAAUGCAGGACAAGAAUCCCUACAGCUUUCAGUCAGAUGUCUACGCUUUUGGAAUAGUUUUAUAUGAAUUAAUGACGGGGCAGCUACCUUAUCAGAAUAUAAAUAACCGAGAUCAGAUUAUAUUCAUGGUUGGGAGAGGAUAUUUAUCUCCAGACCUCAGCAAAGUUCGGAGUAAUUGUCCAAAAGCAAUGAAGAGGCUUAUGGCGGACUGUCUAAAGAAGAAGAGAGACGAGCGUCCCUUAUUUCCACAGAUUCUUGCCUCCAUUGAACUCCUGGCCCGGUCAUUGCCAAAAAUUCACCGCAGUGCAUCUGAGCCGUCGUUAAACAGAGCUGGCUUCCAGACAGAGGACUUCAGUCUGUACGCAUGUGCUUCUCCAAAAACACCCAUUCAGGCCGGUGGAUAUGGAGAAUUUACAGCCUUCAAGUAACGGCACAGUCAGCACAAGCACCUCUGUUACUACUUUAAGUCUCGUGUUCCUCUAGUUUCUUAGCACUGGGACUACUUUACAAAACAUGCAGAUAAUGCACCCAUAUUGUAAGAGGGAGCAGCAUGAACCAUCAAAGGAAAAAUAAAUGGGGGGAGGGGGAUAGGGACCAGCUGAAACACCUGUGUUCCUCUAGGGAGUGGCCCAGCACUGCUCUUCAGCACGCCCCUACUGGUGUACACACUGCUGAGGAGAGGCCUAGUCUUGGCAACGAGAAGGCGGAUCUUCUUUAUUGCAGAGAUUCCUUUUGUUUAAAAUACUAACACCGAUUCCCUCCCAUUCUUUGUGGAUCUUGCUCCAAUCAUGAUGGGGACUGCCUGCUAGGAAUCCUUUUUGUCUUUUGGGAAAUAAAAUGCUGGAUCUCCAUAUCCCCACACAAGUAAUUGCCUACUAGUAUGGUACAAGUUCACCCAUUCAUACGGUUACACAUCAGCUAGACCAGCAAUUAGUCCUUCAACUGAUUAAGAUCUAAGUCAUGGCACCAUAAGGCCACAAAGUGAAUAUAGCUGAGCUGCAAUACUAGAUACAGCCCAUGGACAAGGGUGGUACUGUUCCCCGGAGGCAAAAAAAAAUUAAAAAUAAUUUUUUCUAAUCUCCAACAAAUUCAUUAAUUAUUAGAUUUCAUUUGGAAUCAUUAAGCUGCUUCCUCAACCCACCCUUCUGUUUACUUAAAGUAAUAAUGCUUCCAAUCAACUAUCUUCAAAAUUGAUCUGGGGCCCCACACAUUGUUCUUUCUAAAACUGUGGAGCCUGCCAACAAAACUCCCAGAUUAUUCAUUCUCCAAUUGGUGUCACUUGAUGGCAUCACUGAUAUGUUCUCAUGAGGGAUAAGCAGAGUUGUCCAGAUCUUUUUUUAUUAUAAGGCCUCUUGCACACAAACGUUGUGCAUCUGUUUUGUGCAUAGGGGACCGCAAUUUGCGGUCCCUAAUGCAUGGGCAACGUCUGUGCGGCAGCCGGGACGGAUCGAGACCCAUUCAACUUGAAUGCGUCCGUGAUCCGCCCGCACCCCAAAAAUAUAGAAGAAGUUCUAUUC